GUGUGCCCGGAGCCAAUAGGAGCAGAGAAUAGACGUCUGUCGCUGGCCCUCUGCCUCUGCCUUGCGCGGUGGGGCGGGGUAUGAGGGCGGAGCCAUGCCUAAAUGCUCCCAGAACAGUGACCCUUCCCUGAGGUCUCUACAGGAACUGUUGUAACUUCAACCAGGCAAGAGUUACUUGUUUCUUCCUUGAAAACAAACAAACAAACAAACAGAAACAACAACAACAACAACAACAACAACAACAACAACAACAAAAACUGGGCAGGCUGACAAAGGCUUGUAAUCCCAGUACCUGGGAUGCCCAGGCAGGAGGAAGAGUUCAAGGUCAUCUUGGCUUUCAUACCGAGUUCUAGAAAUUGGCUUAUGAGUCGCUUAAAUGCAUUAAAGAUACACUGAGGCACACAUGAGAGAUUCAGAAAAUAAACAGUUCUGCAAACUGGGUCAAUACUCAAAAUUAUCAGGACUUCUAAAUCAUCAGUGGCUUAAAGAAACAGAGUUUCCUCAAAAACCCAGGCAAUUAUACACUGUCAUUGCCGAAUAUGGCUCCCGGCUCUAUAAUUACCAGGCCAGACUCCGCAUGCCUAAGGAGCAACAGGAACUUUUAAAGAAAGAAAGCCAGACUUUGGAGAACAAUUUUCGUGAAAUUCUGUUUUUAAUUGAACAAAUAGAUGUUCUGAAGGCGUUGCUUAAAGACAUGAAGGACGGCGUACACAAUCACAGCUUGCCUGUUCACCGAGAUGCUGUGCAGGACCAGGCCACUACUGACGUUCUAGAUGAGGAAAUGUCAAACUUGGUACAUUAUGUGCUUAAAAAGUUCAGAGGGGACCAAAUACAGUUGGCUGAUUAUGCCUUGAAGUCAGCAGGAGCCUCUGUCAUUGAAGCUGGGACCUCAGAAAGUUACAAAAAUAAUAAAGCAAAACUGUACUGGCAUGGCAUAGGGUUCCUCAACUAUGAGAUGCCUCCGGAUAUGAUACUUCAGCCAGAUGUCCACCCUGGGAAGUGCUGGGCCUUUCCAGGUUCCCAGGGUCACAUCCUGAUUAAGCUCGCCAGGAAGAUCAUCCCAACAGCAGUUACCAUGGAGCACAUCUCGGAGAAGGUGUCCCCUUCAGGAAACAUCUCAAGUGCACCCAAGGAGUUCUCUGUCUAUGGCGUUAUGAAGAAAUGUGAAGGAGAAGAAAUAUUCCUAGGUCAGUUUAUUUAUAACAAAAUGGAAGCAACCAUUCAAACAUUUGAGCUCCAGAAUGAAGCUUCUGAAUCUUUGCUAUGUGUAAAACUUCAAAUCCUUAGCAACUGGGGACAUCCAAAGUAUACGUGUUUGUACCGAUUUAGAGUCCACGGCAUCCCCAGUGAUUACACUUAGAAGAGCUGGUGCAGAAGGCAGUGGCUGUGCAGCCAGAAUGUCCAAGGAUGUUUACUAUUUCCUUACGUCAGAUUGCACCCCUAAGAAUCAAAGAUUGGGAGUGGGAGGGAAACCCCAAACUCAUUCCUACUAGGCAGUAAGAAUUGAAUGAAUUUUACUAAUAAAAAAAAUGAAAGUCAAUCCAACACUCUUUGGUAGUUCACCUUGAGCGUCAGAGGUGAAGAGGGUGUCAUUAGGAAGUCAUCCUCACCACAGUUUCUCCACUUCUUAGUUAUUCAUCCCCUACAUCGGGCACAAUGUCCACCAUCACCACUGUUCCACCCCUGAGCUGCAGACUUUGGGUAGUGAAAGUAGAGAAGCCAUCAUGGCAUGUAGACUAGGGCAUACAUGCUAUCUGUGGCAUGCACAUACACAUGCAACACACAAAACAAACACGUGGAGAAACGCCUCCUGUGUUCUCAUUUAUCAAAUGGCUCCUGUUUUAAAGAGAAACAUUCUUCACUUUUGACUUACAUUUUUAAAUAUUCACACGUGAAGUGAUGCAUCUUGGAUCUGGUUUUAAAUUCUGUGGGGGAGGAAAAUAUGAGGGAAGAUGGAAAAUGAAGAUAGGUUUGAAAUGGUCACUGAUGUGAAUACAGAACAGUUUCCUACUCCACACGAAAUGUCACUCUUUUGUCUACAUUCAUACGUGCCAAUAUGUUAAUUUGGCGUAGGAAGAACAAAGCAUGCAUGGUUUUAAAACCUCAAAAGUAUGUUGUAGACUAUACUGAGUGUAAAUUUCAUAAUAUCUAUUAUUUUGGGGUAGAUCUAUUAGAAAGACUAGCUUUGGUAAUACAAAUGAUAGAUAGGUCUCCAUCUUGUUUUAGAUCUCUUUGCAAUAUUUACGGAAACCUGAGAAAAAUAUUAGAUGGAAAAGUCCUGUGACCAAAGUUUAAAACAAUACUUAGAACCACGUGCUGUUGGCACACUGAUCCAUCAGUGGAGAGAACAAGUCCAAGCCUAGACUUAUAUCUGAAUGGGGACCGUGUAUGCAGCAAGGUGCAAAUACUACAGACUUCUAAGUUAUUAUAAGCAAAAGACAUUUAUUUCUGCUUGUGGUUCUGGUACAGUUUCAGAAGGAUGCAAUUUUCAGUGGCUUUCAAGACACUGAGAAAUACACGGGAAGAACGAAGAGCUUACAUGACCUCUCCAGACUUUGCUUUUAUGUCAGUACACCCUGGUGAUAACCCAUAAUCCAUUAACGGUUAAUCAAGAGCAGAGCUAUAAUCACCACUUAGUUCUCCCACCCACUAACAUUUAUAACAGGAAUUACAUGAGGGAGGGAGCAAACCAUAUACACAUAACAUCUGAGCAAGACAAAGCAAAUGGCUUGGAACAAUUAUCUAGCCAUUAAGAGAAUGAAAUUGCUUUUUUGUUUAUUACUUUACAAUGUGAUAAAUCCCAAAUAGAACAUAGUAAAAUAUUUACAAGUGGGCAAUGAAACCAUAAAAACCUUAAUAAACCCAGAGUUGAUUCCUGUAUGAUAUUGGAUAGAGGAAGCCACGAAAGCACAAAAAUUGUACAUAAAUAAUGGCACUGCAAAUAAAACCUUAAGAUGGAAACAUAUCUACCACUUGUAUUACAAAGGCUAGUCUUUCUAACACAUUCUCAAGGUAGCAACACUAAUAACCCUUCACAGAAGUUCUAAGCAGUUGAUUAGUCUGCAGAAUGUUCAACCUAUGUGCACCCUUUCAGCCAAAACUGGUUCACACGGUCCACACCCACCAAAUAUUGGUCUGUCUGUCUCCUGGGUUGCAUGCGAUUCUCCCUCUUGGGUCUUCAUCCCUCUGCACUUUACCUACGUGUUCUAACACAUUGCACAAAUGCAAUUUUAAAAACCUAGGGAAUGUAUUGAUGUAUUUUUAUCUGACAUUCGCAAGAUGAAGAGUCAGUUGAACAACUGCUUAAGCAAAAACGCACCACUUAGGUGUGGUCCUCAAAAAGACAUUUGCUCAUGGCACCUCUACAGUAUGAGUUUCUGCUUCAGUUUUCUCGGGUAAAAAAUAAAACAAAUAUUGACUUCCAGAUUUGUUGUAGAACCUCUAAGUGAUGCCAGGUUCUUUCCCUCUGGGGCAUUUUUUUCCGACACUAACUGUUAACAAGCCUGUAAAUAAAUUAGUCUCUUCUCCCCCCUGAGACUAGUGAAGAUGAUCAGGCAUGUGACAGGCACUGUCAUCCCAGCUUUGGGUGACAGUAAAGGCAUGCAACUAACCCAGGUGGUAUAUCUCUGCAGCUCUAAGGGUCUUCCCUGACCUCCAACUGUAUAUACUGCAUGACAUUCUAUGUGUAAUGUAUUUCCUUUCCUAAGCCAAGAUCAGGUAAGAUGUUUUCCUCCCUGAUAAGUAAACAUAACACCAACAUUGCUCUGCAGAUUCUCUCGUGACUGAAUUGCUCACCCUGGAGGUUUGGCCUUUAUAAAAUCAAAAAUCCAUUUACUAGCAAGAUGGAAAAUAACAAGCAGAUAUUGCAGUGGAAAAUUCUCUGGUACAUAUUAUUUCUGGAACUCUCUUGGGCAAUUUUUUUUGACAAAAUCAUUUGGAAAGAAAAUAUGGAAAUGUCAAUAUAUUUAAUUAUCAAUUCUGAAAUCAUUGGCUUCACUUUCUAAACCUACUUAGCUUAAUUGCCAGAAUGUAUAAUAUUAGCAUUUUCAUCUAUGAAAAGGUUAUUAAAGCUUUUGUUUGGUUUUGGUUUUUCGAGACAGGGUUUCUCUGAAUAGCCCUGGCUGUCCUGGAACUCACUUUGUAGACCAGGCUCAGAAAUACGCCUGCCUCUGCCUCCUGAGAUCAAAGGUGUGCACCACCACGCCCAGCAAAGCUUUCUUAUAUACUUGUUGAGUAAAAUUCUUUAUUACUUGAGACUCAUCAAUAAGGAACAAUAUCAUCAUCAUCAACAUCUCUUCUUAGGAAUAUUUUUAAAAUGUGUUGCCAUUUUAUUACAUAAUAUUAAGGUGUUUAAAAUAAAGAUCAGAUAUAAUGGCCCUGCUUACAAAGUUUAUUUAAAUACAGUCUUUAGGAACUGGGACGAUGGGCCAGUGGGUAAAGCACUUGCCUUGAAUCACAGGAAACUGUAGGAAGCCGCCCUCACAUUCGCCGUUGCAAGAUGGCGCUGACAGCUGUGUUCUAAGUAGUAAACAUAAUCUGCACACGUGCAGGGGCAGUUUUCCCGCCAUGUGUUCUGCCUUUCUCGUGAUGACAACUGGGCCGAUGGGCUGCAGCCAAUCAGGGAGUAAUACGUCCUAGGCGGAGGAUAAUUCUCCUUAAAAGGGACGGGGUUUUGCCAUUCUUUCUCUUGCUUUCUUGUUCUUGUUCUUGCUUUCUUGCUCUCUCUUGCUCUUGCACUCUUGCUCUCUUGCUCUCUUGCUUCUUGCUCCUGAAGAUGUAAGCAAUAAAGCUCUUGCGCUCUUGCGCUCUGGCUCCUAAAGAUGUAAGCAAUAGAGCUCUUGCUCUCUUGCUCUCUGUCUCCUGAAGAUGUAAGCAAUAAAGCUUUGCCGCAGA